CAACUUCUUCUUCCACAAAUUGACAACUGCUCUCAGUCUGCAAAUUCUUCAUCAAAGCAAAACCGUCCGUCGAAACGAAUUGCGAAAAUGGCGAAACCUUCUGUGACCAUGAAGCUCUUGAUCGAUUUGCAAGCGAAGAGAGUGCUAUUCGCGGAAGCCAACAACGAUUGCGUGGAUUUUCUCUUCCACUUACUGUCUUUGCCUGUCGCCACUGUUAUCACUUUGCUGAAGGAGGAGACGGGAAUGGAAGGCCCCAUGGUCAAUCUAUACGACAGCAUAGCCAAACUCAACGACUCCUAUCUGCAGCCGAACCGCAGCAAGUGCGCGCUGUUGAAACCAGUGGUUUCCUUGCCCUAUCAAGUGCCUGUUCCACUUCUGCAACACAACGCUGCUGAAUCAGAAAGUGAUGGCGAGAAGCGAGCAGAGGGGUUUGUGAAGGAUGUGGUGACUUAUAUGGUGCUGGACAAUUUGGUGGUUGAACCUAUGUCGACUAUCUCCUGCCUUACUCUGCUCAGCAGGUUUAAAGUGAAGGAUGUCGCCGCCUUGGAGGAGAAGGUUGUUCAACUCGACUUCCACAAGGCUGUUAGAGUGCUGAGGGCUGCUCUGCAGUCGGAGAUGGUGCUUACAGAGGUGUACUUGAAGGAGGAUAAGAGCCCUAAGAAUGGUGGUGAUAAAAACGAGGAAGAUGACUUCUGUUCCUGCGAGAAGUAGAUCAUUGAAGAUAUUCAUUGAUCUAUGAAUACAAUCCUACUGUCUACUACCCUCACGCACGGUAUUCCAUUCCACUCAACUCAAGUCAUUUUUCUUGGUCAAUAAUGUGAAUUUGAGAUGGCUCGUGAUGAUGAUGAUGGACAAUCUGAUCUAGGCUCCUCCUAUGCCUUAAUUCCAUAGAUCUUCUAUUAAUCUGCAAUUUGAGAAUAUACAUAUGAUGAUGAUCCAAUUUAAAGCCAAGCUGAUAAUGAUAAUGAACUGUAUGUUGUUGAGGAUUCCAAACAAAAUUAAAAACCGAUAGUCUGAAUUAUACCACAUGUAAAUGCUGUCGUGACUGCAUUAUGAAACUGAGAAAACAGUAGAAUCAAUUUAAUGCAGUGUUGAGAAUUUAAUUUGUAGUGUUGAUAUGUUUAGUUUGUAAUAUUAAAAAAACUCUCGGCGGAACCUAAUAACGUGUGAUGUCUUGUUUUUAUAUAAUGGGUUAUAUUUGUAGUAUGUUAACAUAACUCAUACGUUGUUUAUCUUUCUAUCAUAGUGUUUGUUCUUACUGUUACUUGUUAUUAGUAGUGCAUUGAAUUCUGUAUAUAUAUCAACACAAAGUAUGAUUGUAUGAACAUAUAGAGAGAUCAUUAUAUUAUGAUAGGACACCUUUAUUAAUUAAGAAGAUAUGCAGCAACUGAUAGAGUAUAUAAUGUUGUGGUAUAUGAUGAAGAAGAAGAAAUGAAGAGCCACAAAAUAUUGAUAUUGAUAUUGAUGUAGAUAUAAUAAUAACGUAAAGUGUGUUUAAACAUGGAAGAAGUGACAUGCUAGUGAGUGAAUGAGGGACUGUUUCUAUUCCAUUCUCUCUGUCUCUCUAUGUGUAUAUAUAAGGAGGGAAUGGAGCCUGGAAGAUCUAGAGAGUGGAGUGAGUGAGUAUAUAUAUAUAUAUAUGUAUGAUGGCGGAAUUGAAAAGUGUGAGUAUGAAGCUGCUGAUCGACCGGGAAUCAAAGAGGGUUCUGUUCGCGGAGGCUGGGAAGGAGUGUGUGGACUUCCUGGUGUACCUUUUGUCGUUGCCGGUGGCCAACAUGGUGGCUCUGCUCAACGACAAUAAUCUUGGAAUGGUGGGCAGUCUGGGGAUACUCUAUGACAGCAUCAACAAUCUGAACGACACGUACCUGCAGAACGGCGCCCAUACUAAGAAGUCCAUCCUGAGGCCCCCGCUGCCAGGCGGGGGCGGGACCUGUCCGAUGCUGCUGCAGUCCGCCGCCGCCCCUGCUAGAGGUCGUUAUACAGAUACUAGUAGUGAUAUGCAUUAUUUUGAUAGUGAUGGUGGUUAUAGUUGUGAAGAGAGAGGCGGGUUUGUGAAGGGGGUGAUGACUUACACGGUGAUGGACAAUCUUGAAAUUAAACCCAUGUCAUCAAUCUCCUGCAUCACUUCCAUCACCGGCCUUAAGAUCAAAGAUAUGAGCUUGCUCGAGGAAAUGAUCGUCUAUUUGGGCAUCAAGGAGGGCCUUAGCCUGCUUAAGGCUUCAUUCAAGUCUAAACAGGUUCUCACAGAUGUCUUUGUCCAGGGGGGGAAAUGAUCAAUUGAAGUAUCAUUAUUAUUAUUAUAUGUGAAGAUGGAAGAAGGGUUCUGCUGCAUGCAUGAUGGCUGGUUGCUAUUUUGAUUCUGUUUUUAUGAUAAUGGAACUUAUAAUAAUAAUAAUAAUAAUAAUAAUAAAUAGAUAAAUAAUGGAGAAACUGAGAUUGAUAUAUAUGGUUGGGUUUCCCAA